AUGGAAAACCGGCGGAGUAUUACCGAUUUGCCAUUGGAAGUCCUCGAUCUGAUAUUCAGUAAUCUUAGUUAUCUAUCAGCCAAAGUGAGGUUCGCUCAGAUUGAUGAAAAGCUGGGAAAAGCUUUUGCCUUCCACAGCCGCAACGAGUUCCGUUUGCUCUCGCCAGAUUCAAGGCUUACACCUGAAUUGUGGGUGUUUGUUGUGAAGGAAUGUGGUCCCACAAUUGAGGAGCUUGUGUGCGAUAGAAGGGGUUUAGCCUGGAACGAUCUUAUGGCCCAGGCUGUUGUGAACCACUGUCCCAAUCUGAAAUCGGUGUCAAUUUGCCUAUAUAGGUCAGGUCGUGUCAGCGCCGAGGCUUUUCUUAUUAAGAUGAAAGACUCGCUGGUAUCGGUUACAAUUGACCAACGAGACCAUUUUCCAGCUACGAUCUUGAGCGCGGUGGCUGAAAUGACGAAAUUAAAGAAUUUCUCAUUUUUGGGAUAUGUGGACGAAAACGUUUACUAUUUACAGAAAUUGAUCACCCUGGAGAAACUAGCAAUCGAACAUAUUAAUUAUCUAGACAAGCCGGCUAUUAAUUUACUACAGAUUUGUGCUUCACAAAGGAACCUCCGCGAGUUGAGUGUGAUCAAAAUAAAAAUAAUGCCAUUUGAGGAGCAUGAAUCUACAGUGUGGGCUGGUUUGGAAUCGUUGACUUUGAAUCAGUGCAUAGUUUCUGUUGAUCUGCCAGACUGUCCGAAGCUUAAGUAUUUAGAUAUUCAUUAUGCCAGAUGUCAUUUGGAGGACUAUAUGCUGAAAUUUAUUCUGAAAAAUGGAAAAAAUAUCCACACACUUUACGAAAGAUGCCACCCUUCAAUUGAUGCCGACGGCUUUCUCCAACUUCUUCGGGGCUGCCCAAAAUUGCGAUUUCUUUACACGCCAAUGGAGUAUAUAAAGCUUUAUUUGGCCUACGUGAAUGAUAUGAUCAAAAUACUAAGGCAAAACGGAGUCACUUCAGAGGACCCAUUGGAACUGGUUGUAUGUAGGCGUAUUAAGUGGAAAUGGAUCCGAAGAUUACUUCUUCAAAUCCCAAAUUCUGACUUGAUCGAGUUAUAUGAGGGUACUGGAUAAAGAAAUUAUAUAUGACGUACAUUGUUUUAAGAUUUGUCUGUUGAAAUAAAUCUA